CCUCUCUCACUCAGAAGAGAUGUAAUGCGCUUUUCCCUCGCGCCUUUCUGGUUCCCUUCACGACUUUAACGCAUAAUUAAGUCGUGAUUACGCAUCUUGAGAGCACGAGCUGAUUCAUCCAGCUUCAAGAUAUCACUCCGUGUGCGGGAGCAAGAUAGCGCGCAAAACGCAGCGCGAGGAGCGCCCGUCGCUGUCCGGGCUGGGCGCGAGAACGCGCGCGGUCGCGGCCGGCAUCUUCGGCGUGGCCAUGGUGCUGGUGCUGGUCAUCCUGAUCCCGGUGCUGGUGAACGCGGCCGGGGUGGACGCGCGCUACGAGACGCUCAGCGCCUGCAGGAUGGUCUGUGAUCCCUACGGCACCAUCAAGCCCCCGGCGCGCGCCACCGGCAGCGACCCGCGCUCCAUGCAGCCUCCGACCACUUUUCUCCGCGGUCCGAAAGGGGAACCAGGACGCACGGGCCGCGUUGGCCCGAAGGGUGAGCCAGGUCCACCUGGCCCACCUGGCCCGCCGGGAAAAGUCGGAAAUCCAGGACCGCCCGGGUUACCUGGACCUCCGGGAGUGAUCGGUGUGAGCGGCGGCGUCGUAAACGCGGCCACGUACACCACAGUACCCAAAGUCGCUUUUUACGCCGGGCUCAAGAAGCAGCACGAAGGCUACGAGGUCCUCAAGUUCGACGAUGUGGUCACUAACCUGGGCAACCACUACGACCCGGCCACCGGCAAGUUCACCUGCUCCAUCCCGGGAAUCUAUUUCUUCGUGUACCACGUGCUCAUGCGGGGAGGCGACGGCACGAGCAUGUGGGCUGAUUUGUGCAAAAAUAACCAGGUGAGGGCGAGCGCCAUCGCUCAGGAUGCAGAUCAGAACUAUGACUACGCCAGCAACAGCGUGGUGUUACACUUGGAGCCUGGAGAUGAGAUCUACAUCAAGCUGGACGGCGGCAAAGCGCACGGAGGGAACAACAACAAAUACAGCACGUUCUCUGGGUUCAUGAUUUACGCAGAUUAACACGUGACAGGACUUGUUGUUUACACGAAAGUCAACCUGCCUGGUUUUUCACUCAGAGACAUUAAAAUGAAAGGAAACGCUGCGAAUAAAUGCAGUUACAUCAUGCAAUUACAGUGUUCACUUGUGAUUAAAAGUUAUCGUCCUUAAAGCUGGACAAGAUGGUUAUGAUGGUUAUGAUAGCAUAACGUGUGAAUUCCUUUAAAAGGUUCGUUUUAUGGUGUUGGGAAAAAAGUUGGAGUCAGUUGGACAUAGUGACCUUAAGCAUGUGAUGACUUCAUCCACCAGUUAGACUUUAGACGAAUCACUGUGAGUUAUGGAAAAAGGGUUAAGUAAUCAUGUUGUGUUUGUUUGUUGGUGAGUUUUGAGCCUCAACAUGCGAUCAAUCACAUGUUGUUGGUGACAGUGUCACACUUCUGGUGAGCUUCAUUCUGAAUUUUAAUAAGACAAACUACUUAAAUGGUUCUGCGGACAAGUUACGCCAACAUUGAUAUGCUGUACCUCAGUUGAUCUUUGUAUUGGUUUAUUAUUGAAUAAUAUAAACAUUGUGCAAUCUACACUAAAAUAAAAGAUACAUCUUCACCGCUGAA